UAAAAGUUUGGCCUAAUUUCUAUUCAUCGUGUUUUUAACUUCAAAUUAAAAUGAUUGAAAAUGAAGAAAGUGAUAUUGAUAAUGAAGAAUUUUAUUUUGAAUCUGAUCAUUUAGCUUUACGAGGAAAUUCUGAUUAUACAUCAGUUCUUCGAACCUUAAUAGUUUUAGAAGCUCAAAGGGUUCAAGCUGCCAAAGAUUUAGAAGAACUUGCAGAAAUUAGAAAAAAGGCACUUGAUGAUCCAAUAUUAUUUGUACAAUCUCUUUCUAAAAAUGAAAUCGAAUUUCCAAAAUCCAUUAAUAUUGCCGAGAUCCCUAACAUAAAUUUUGAAAAAUAUAAUGUGAAAUUCCCGGAACUGAAUAAUAUAAAUUCUACAAGAACCGGCAACAAUACGACAGAAAAUCUUGAAGCAAUUUUCAAAGAAGAAAAGCAUGAUACUUUUAACCAGCAUUGGACAACUGAAGAACAACGAAGAUUAGAAGAAUUGUUAGUCGAAUAUCCACCAGAACAAUAUGAAAUGAGACGUUUUGCUAAAAUUUCGCGUGCUCUUGGAAAUCGUACAACAAAGCAAGUUGCUAGUCGUGUACAAAAAUAUUUUAAAAAAUUACAUGCAGCUGGACUACCAGUACCUGGUCGUAUUCCGAAAGCUCGAAAUUUACAAAAAGUAUCUAAAUAUAGUAAAAUAACAUUUCGUCCAUCAACAUUUUUUCCUUCAUAUAAUGUUCCAGUUUGUAUACCGGAAGAUGAUGAUAUUGGUGAACCUACUUUGAAUACAAUGUCAACAAACACAAGUGUAAAAUCCCUUGAAAUAGAAAGCACACCAAACCUAUCAAAUUCGAAUGAAUAUGAUGUAGAUUCUAGUGACAGUGAUGAUGAAAAUGAUAUUAAAGACGAAGAUAAUGAUCAAUUUAAGAUUUUAAAGUUAUUAGAGAGAGUUAAAAAGGAUAAAGAAAAUGAUAAUGAACAAAGAUCAAAUAGUAUUCAUUAUAAUUAUAAAUGUAAUUAUUGUUCAGAAGAACCAAUAUUAGGAACAAGAUGGCAUUGUAAAACUUGCACAAAAGAAUCAAUCGAUUUUUGUUCAGAUUGUUUAAUAACACAAUUAAUGUCAACAACUCCACAUCCAGUACAACAUAAAUUUAGGGGUAUUAGAGUUUCAAAUGAAAAUCAAUAUGAUAAUGAAGUUGGUGAUUAUAUUGAUUCAGAUGGUGGUAAUUCACAACAAAUUGAUACUAUCGAUAAAGAUUAUUUGUUAUCAAAAUUUUCAAAAGAUCAAAAAUAUAAUUAUUUAGAUCCAAAUUUUAUAUCUUAGUCGUUAAUUAUAUUAAUUAUUUUGAAUAAAUAAAGUUAUU